GCAGCAGCAGCAGCAGGCAGUCUAGCUUCAGCCUGAGCCUGUCCCACACCUCCAGAAGUCAGCCAUGAGUAGCCUCGGAUAUGACCCCUACUACUCCUCCUCGUUGUACAAACGCUGGUAUGAGCCUCCCCCUCGUGUGGCGCCGACCAGAGGGAGGACCCACGCCAACUACUCUUCUUAUGCGACCCCUCUAGCCUCGUCCCGUCUGCAGUACUCCUCUCCCAGCCGGGUGCUGUUCUCCUCCUACCCCUCCUCACCAGUGUCUUCCCUGGAGCUGGAGCUCAGCCAGGCGGCCCACAUCAGCUCAGAGUUUCGGGCUGUACGCACACAAGAGCGUAGCCAGCUGCAGGACCUCAACGACCGCUUUGCGGGGUUCAUCGAGAGAGUGCGGGAGCUGGAGCAGCAGAAUCGGGCUUUGCAGGCAGAGCUGCUGCUGCUGAGGCAGAGGCACGCAGAGCCGUCCCGCCUCAGAGCGCUCUAUGAGCAGGAGGCCAGGUCCCUGAGGGCAGCUGUGGAGGAAGCCAGGAUAGAGCACCAGGCUGUGCUGAGCCAGAGGGAGAAGCUGGAGCAGACCCUGAGGGUGAUGCAGGGUCAGUAUGAGGAGGAGAUGUUGGCUCGGGAAGAGGCAGAAGGGAGGCUGAUGGAGGCCCGUCGUGACGCCGACCAAGCUGCUUUGGCUAAAGCUGAGCAGGAGAAGAGCGUUGACAUCCUCCUGGAGGAGCUCGCCUUCUUGAAGAGGAUCCACGAAGGGGAGGUGGCCGAACUGCAGGCUCAGGUCCAGCUAGGUGUCCAGGUGGCUGUGGAGUCUGAAGCCGCCGCUCCAGACCUCUCUGGGGCUCUCAGAGAUAUCCGGUCCCAGUACGAGAGGCUGGCAGCGAGGAACACGCAGGCAGCAGAGGAGUGGUUCAAAGGGAAGAUCGGCUCCCUGACGGAAACCGUCGCCCAGCACAGCAACGCCAUGAGGAGCUCCAAAGAUAAAGCAGGAGAGUACCGGCGCCAGCUGCAGACCCGCAUCCUGGAGAUCGACGCAUGCAGAGGCCUCAACGAGUCCCUGGAGAAGCAGCUGCACGAGAUAGAAGAGAGGCAGAGUGCUGAGAUUGCUGCUAUGCAGAACACCAUUGCAGAGCUGGAAGGAGAACUGAGAGGCACCAAACAGGAAAUGGCUCGCUACCUGAAGGAGUACCAGGACCUUCUGAAUGUCAAAAUGGCUCUGGACAUUGAGAUUGCUGCAUACAGGAAGCUUCUGGAAGGCGAAGAGUCCCGCUUCAACGUGGGAAUGGCCGUCGGGGGUCCAUCCCUGUACGGCCACGGCUUCGCAGCUCCCUCCUUCGGUCGGCCCCUCUUGUCCAGCCUGAGCUCUGGAACCUCCUACCUGAUGACCUCACGUCUCCUCAGCUCCAGCACCACUGAGGGAAUCAUCUCUGCCAGCCAUGCCCUGCAAGCAGAGGCCAGCCCACCUGAAGAAGAGGAAGAGGAGGAAGAGGUCAAGGAGGAGGAAGACGAGGAGAAAGAGGAGGAAGAUAAGGAGAAAGAAGAGGAAGAGAGGGUAGAAGGAGAAGCUAAAGAUGAGACAGGUGGUGAAGAGGAGGAGGAGGCAGAGGUGGCUGAAGGAAAAGAAGGGGGAGAUGAAAAAGAGGAGGUGGAAGUCAAAUCAGAGGAAGCUGAAGAUGAAGGAGAAAAAGAUGAAGAGGUGAAAACAGAAGAUGCCGAAGAAAAAGGAGAAUCAGAAAAGGUGGAGGUGAAAACACAGGAUGCUGAAGAAAAAGGAGAAUCAGAAAAGGAGGAGGGGAAAACAGAAGAUGCUGAAGAAAAAGGAGAAACAGAGAAAGCUGAUGCAGAAGGUGCAGUAAAGCAAGAGAAGGAGGAAGCUAAAAAAAGCGAUGAGAAAGAUGACAAAAGAGAUGGCGCGAAGGAAGAAAAAGUCAGCGACCAAAGCGUUAAGGAGCCAACCCCGAAAGGGGAGGACAAAGGUGACAAACCCAAAGGAAAGGACGAAGAAAAACCAGCCAAAACAGAGCCUGCUGAAAAGAAAAGCACAAAAGACCAAAAGUGACUUUAGCAAAGUUCGGUCCAGCCUGGCAAAAACCACAGCUUGAUAAUCGGCGCUGUCAAGUCUGCUUGUUAACACGGUGCUCAGCGAGGCAGUCCAAUAACCAAUUACAGCAACAAAUCCAGGUUAACUGCUUGCCGAUAACCAGAUCAAUCCAAAAGGGUCCCAUUGCACAUUUCCUGGUGACUAAUGUCUUUAAUUGCUGAAUAAAAGAGUGUGUGUGAGUUCUGAGUGCUCAAAUAAAUGAAUUUAAAAUCA